CCCCGCAGAGCAAGGGAGCGAUACUCCAGUAUGAGGAAAAAUCGAUACCACAAUCAUCGCUCAAGAUUUACUUUGUCAAAAAGUUGCAACUCAGUUUAGAACCUAGUCGCUGCUGCGUAAAGGGAACGAUAAAAGUUCGCGAGCUUCCACUAAAUUUAUCCACAAUUCGGUUCGAUUUCGACGCCUAAAAGUAGCCUAAUUUCCGUUCAGACCAUUUGUGAAUCAGAUUGUGUCGAGUUGAGGGGAAAAUGUCCAGAUAAUCCACGCAGAAAUCUGAAUCUGUUUUGUUUCCUCCCAAAUACAUAGCGCGAGCCCUACUAGCGACCUGCAAAGGCGUUUCCCCGUUGUUACAUUGGAUACUACACAUCUUCGACGAUUUUAUGGAAAAUGUUCUGAACGUUGCGUAAUUUCAGGGUGUAGGGAAAUUUAGGCUGAACGAUGCGGUUCAAACAGUUUCUGCUAUCGCUAACGAUAGCGAUUCAGUAUUAUUUUGGAAUUGCAAACGGAUCCGAAGAUGAGGAACGCCUGGUGCGAGAUCUUUUCCGCGGGUACAACAAACUGAUCCGACCCGUCCAGAACAUGACCCAGAAGGUGGACGUACGCUUCGGGUUGGCUUUCGUGCAGUUGAUCAACGUGAACGAGAAGAAUCAGAUCAUGAAGUCCAACGUGUGGCUGCGAUUGGUCUGGAGCGAUUACCAGCUACAGUGGGAUGAAGCCGAUUACGGUGGAAUCGGUGUGUUGCGUCUUCCUCCGGACAAGGUCUGGAAGCCGGAUAUUGUGUUGUUCAAUAAUGCCGACGGUAACUACGAAGUGCGGUACAAAUCCAACGUACUGAUCUACCCGAACGGUGAAGUCCUGUGGGUACCACCGGCCAUCUACCAGAGUUCCUGCACGAUCGACGUCACAUACUUCCCGUUCGAUCAACAGACGUGCAUCAUGAAGUUCGGUUCGUGGACGUUCAACGGCGAUCAGGUUUCACUCGCGCUCUACAACAACAAGAACUUUGUCGAUCUGUCCGACUACUGGAAGUCCGGUACGUGGGAUAUCAUCGAGGUUCCGGCCUAUCUGAACGUAUACGAGGGUAACCCAACCGAAACGGACAUCACCUUCUACAUCAUCAUCCGCCGGAAGACUCUGUUCUACACCGUUAACUUGAUCCUGCCAACUGUGCUGAUUUCGUUCCUUUGCGUUCUGGUGUUCUACCUGCCAGCCGAAGCCGGCGAGAAAGUAACCCUAGGCAUUAGUAUUCUGCUGUCACUGGUUGUGUUCCUGUUGUUGGUAUCGAAGAUUUUACCACCGACCUCGCUCGUACUGCCACUGAUUGCCAAGUAUCUACUGUUCACCUUCAUCAUGAACACCGUAUCCAUCCUGGUGACGGUCAUCAUUAUCAACUGGAACUUCCGAGGACCGCGCACCCAUCGGAUGCCCAUGUGGAUUCGGUCCGUCUUCCUGCACUACCUGCCGGCCAUGUUGCUCAUGAAGCGCCCCCGGAAGACCCGUCUGCGCUGGAUGAUGGAGAUGCCCGGUAUGAGUAUGCCUCCGCAGCCACAUACCCAUCCAUCGUACGGUUCCCCGGCGGAAGUGCCGAAACACAUUAGCGCCCUCGGCGGCAAGCAGUCCAAGAUGGACGUGAUGGAGCUGUCCGAUUUGCACCAUCCGAACUGCAAGAUGAACCGGAAGAUGAACAGCGGAGACAUCGGGCUGGGAGACUCGUGCCGCCGGGAGAGCGAAAGCUCGGAUUCGAUCCUGCUGUCGCCGGAGGCGAGUAAGGCGACCGAAGCUGUCGAGUUCAUUGCGGAACAUUUGAGGAACGAGGAUCUGUACAUCCAGACCCGCGAGGACUGGAAGUAUGUCGCGAUGGUGAUCGAUCGACUGCAGCUGUACAUCUUCUUUAUCGUAACCACUGCCGGCACGGUUGGAAUUCUGAUGGACGCGCCGCACAUUUUCGAGUACGUCGACCAGGACCGAAUCAUCGAAAUCUACCGCGGAAAGUAAGGAGCCGAUUGGCGAAGUCGCGUCAUCGCCGUCGUCGUCGGCGUCGUUGUUGGAAUGUUAGGUUAACAUUUGCUCAAAACCAAACCAGAAAAAUGGGUCACUUUUUUACUGUAACGUACUCGAGUAGAAUGCGAAACGUGCCGUGGGGUUGAGCAGGAUUUUAAGUGUAAUCGUUGAUAGAGAAUUUUCUGAAAGGAAGGUAGCAAACAAGCACAGCAGUGUUAGAUAAUUGUAUUUUCUAGGGAAAAUUGUUCUUCCUUGUGUUUCCAGUGUUGAGUUUAUUACACCGUUUCUAGGCUCAUUCAAGAUUAGCACAAAUGUUUGCAAAACAAUUUUGACAGUGACGUCAGUUUGAAAUGCCAAAUUUUGUUCUAGAGGCCGCCACGAGGCAAAUCGAAGAAUUUUUUGAGCUCACUUUUGAACUAGGAAUUUUUUAAAACGGUCAAUUUGCGUUAUCCUGUAAAUCGAGGGGAUUAUAAGAAUAUGAUACCACUAAUAGUAACCAAAUGAAAAUAUAUCGCAAAGCUAAGCCAUUUCUCAGAAAUAAAGUAAAAAAGGAAACAUUGACUUGGAGUAAAGAUGAAAACCACUACUGCAACGAGAAGAACUAAUCUUUCAGUGAGAUACGUGUUUUCGAAAUAGUAUUAGAAAACAAAACACACUUACAAGAGGAAAUAUAAAAGGCAUAAUGAAAAACAAAAAUGAUAAAACACUUAUUCGAAAACAAUAACUAGAAUACAAAACAAACUGUCGGUAAUAAUUAAAUGGAUGAAAAUCAACUAAUCUCAUCAAUAUCAAUCACAACCAAAUCAUUCACCAAGCGACGACAGAAACUGACAAUUUUCAACAUAAAAAAAAUCAGUAAAAAAGGAAAUCUCGGAAGGAUGAUAUUAUUACAAACUACCAAUUAACAGUAAAAGCAAACCUAAGAAGCAAAACGCAAGCAGUAAACGAUUUUUGUGCACAAAAC